AAUCAUGACUAAAACUUCGGUACACCGCUUUCCACCAUUAGAAGCCUACUCUUCAAGUAAACAAAUUUAACCCAGGUACAUUUCGCAGUAAUAGUUGUACAUUCCAGGAAUAACAACUAACAACUACCUGACUUGACUCCAAUUUCAUUGCGUUUAUGGAUCUUCUCCGUUACUCCGCCUCCCGCUUCCCUGCAGCUCAUCCUCAACUUCCCUUCCGUACGCCACUUGGCCGGCGGUUCGUCGCCGUUAGGUCGAGUUUGAGCCUUCCGUUCGCGGAGCAGAAAGGCAAGUAUUAUAGCGAGCUCGAAGCUGCUGUUGAUGUUGUCGAACGAGCUUGUCGUCUCUGCGUUGAUGUGAAGAAGUCACUGUUCUCAAGUGAUGGUAGGAUUCUUGAGAAAAAUGACCAGACCCCAGUCACCAUUGCAGAUUUUGGAGUGCAGGCUUUAGUUAGCUUGGAGAUGAACAGACUUUUUCCCUCCAUCCCUCUGGUGGCUGAAGAGGACUCUGCAUUCUUGCGUUCAAAUAAUCUGGUUGGCUCAGUGGUUGAUGUUGUAAAGGAUAAAGCAACUUUAGGAGAUGAAGUAACAGAAGAUAAUAUUUUGAAAGCAGUUGAUAGAGGGGGAAAGGAUGCUUAUGUAUUUGCGCCCGAGCCAGCCACUUACUGGAUUCUGGAUCCUAUUGAUGGUACACGAGGGUUUGUUAAAGGUAGUGAGGCUCUCUAUGUGGUUGGUUUGGCACUUGUAGUUGAAGGAAAGAUUGUCUUAGGAGUCAUGGGCUGCCCCAAUUGGCACGAAGACUGUUCUGACAAUUCUAUCAUUGGGGUCCAAGAAAAUCAAAGUUCCAGAUCAGGGAUCAUCAUGGUUUCUCAUGUGGGUUGUGGAACAUGGACAAAGAGGUUGUCAGACAUACUAACCAAUGAGUCACCUCACACUUGGACCAGAUGCUCUGUUGACAGCUGCCAAAUGGUGCAGGGGGCACGCGUUACUAUUCCUGAAAGUCAAACAUGGAAAUCUUUACCCUUGUCAGGUUUAUUUGAUGCAAAAAAAGACUCUGAGAACAUAGGAGAAGGGAACAUACUUCUUCUGUCUGCAUGCUGUGGGAGUUUGUGCAAAUAUCUGAUGGUGGCUUCUGGUAGAGCAUCGGUUUACAUUCAGGGGAAGAAGGCGACAUCUAUUAUCAAGGUCUGGGACCACGCUGUUGGAAUCAUAUGUGUCCAUGAAGCUGGAGGGAAGGUGACUGACUGGGAAGGAAGUUCACUUGAUUUUGCAGCAGAUCAAACUGAACGGAGACUCAUCUUUCCUUCAGGCGGUGUUCUUGUGACUAAUGGGAGCUUACAUAGCAAGAUUAUUGGAAUGAUCUCUUCAAAUUCAUCAGUUCUUUGACAUUCUUUUUGGCAUUAUUGUGACAAAUCAAUAGUCAGACACUAAUGAAGAUUUCCGCCAAUUCAUCAAUUGUUAAUGACACUUGUAUUCUUUUGACGAAUCACAGCAUAUAGCAGUAUACAUAUCAAUGUCUCUCCGUUUUCUUCCUCCUCCUGGUCAUCAGUACCUCUCUGUUGUUUCUCAUCAAUACUUGUAUCUUUCCUCUUUCGGUCUAAAUGGACGGAUAAUAUACUGAAAUGGUGUGGAGAAUGAUUCAUGACUGCAGUCAGAAUGUAUAGCUUAUAAAUUUAUAUUCUCUUUUUGUUUCUUCCCUUCACAAAGUAGUCCGAUGAAGUGAGGAUAUUUCUCUUUUCAUCUGUACUGCAGUCAGAAUCUAUACUCAUCCAAAUAGUUUCAUUUUCAGUGAAGAACUUUAACAAGUCUUCAAUGUUCCAGGCGAAAUUUCGCCAUUCCAAGUUGAAA